GGCGUUCGUUUCUCUCGUGUUCCUCCCCACUUCAUUCUGCUGUUUCUACGCCUUACGAUCGCUGACGAAGGAGGUUGUACUUGAAAACUAAUCUUACCCAACGGAAUCCGCGAGCCAGCUCUCGAUCGAGAUGGCGCCUAACAUCGACCCCAAGCUCGCUGCAGCUCAUGACCUCCCCACCCCGGAACCUGAUUCUCCCUUCCGCCCACGCCAGCCGUACCGCUUUGCCACCCUUUGUGCUACUGUAGAGAAUCCAGAUCAGAAAGACCAAUAUGGCUCGAGCUCUGUGCCCAUAUACCAGAGUGCAACCUUUAAAGGAGUCGGUGGACAAUACGACUAUACCCGCAGCGGUAACCCAACUCGAAGCCAUCUCGAACACCAUAUUGCCAAAAUCUCCGCUGCCGCCCAUGCAUUCACCGUCUCAUCUGGAAUGGCUGCUCUCGACGUCAUCCUCCGCAUGCUCAAGCCCGGCGAUGAAGUUGUGGCCGGCGACGAUCUCUACGGCGGAACGAACCGUUUGCUCGGCUUUCUCAAGGCCCACGGCGGUGUGACCGUCCAUCAUGUCGACACCACUGUGCCCGAUCGCGUGUCGGAGUGCGUUCAUGCCGGCAGGACAGCUAUGGUUCUACUUGAAAGCCCAACAAACCCGUUGCUCAAAGUCGUUGACCUCGCUGCGGUCGCGAGGGCUGUCAAGGAGCGCGCUCCUGAUGCAGUCAUCGUGGUGGACAACACCAUGAUGAGCCCGUACAUGCAGCGGCCCCUGGACCAUGGUGCGGAUGUGGUGUACGACUCGGGAACCAAGUACCUUUCGGGUCAUCACGACCUCAUGGCAGGUGUAAUCGCCUGCAACAGGGACGAUCUUGCCAAGCACAUGAGCUUCGUGAUUAACGCUGCUGGGAACGCGCUAUCACCAUUCGACUCAUUCUUGCUCCUGCGGGGCAUCAAGACGCUUGCUAUCCGUAUGGACCGACAGCAAACGACCGCACGGCGCGUCGCGAACAUGCUCGACGGUCUCGGCUUCAAGGUGCACUACCCAGGAUUGGCGCACCAUCCUGGUGCAGAUAUUCACGCCCGCAUCGCGUCUGGUCCUGGUGCAGUGCUGAGCUUCUGCACGGGCGACCGUGCACUUAGCGAACGCGUCGUGGGUGCUACACGGCUGUGGGGGAUCAGCGUCAGUUUUGGCGCCGUGAAUUCACUCAUUAGUAUGCCAUGUGUGAUGUCGCAUGCGUCCAUAGAUGCCGCGACACGUGCGGCUCGUGGCCUGCCCGAAGACCUGAUCCGCCUGUGCGUCGGUAUUGAGGAUCCAGAAGAUCUUUUGGACGAUCUUGAGCGUGCACUUCUCGAGGCGGGAGCCAUCACGCGCGUUGCGGGAGAGGGCGAAGUUCGGUAUGUGCGUGCCACGGUGCCGCAAGGAGGAGACGUCGUUAGCCGAGCAGUUGAAAGACUGUCGGGGGGCGAGCUGGAGCGGGAGUGGUUUGUCAGUGCUCCGGGUAAAGUGAUCUUGUUUGGUGAGCACGCUGUUGUGCAUGGCGUGACUGCGGUGGCCGCGUCAGUAGACCUUAGAUGCUACGGUCUGGCUACGCCCCGACGAGAUGGGAAGUUGUCGGUGCACCUCAUGGACAUUGACGAAUUCCGGUACGAAUGGGACGUCAACGACCUUCCAUGGGAUGCCUGCACGCCGGUCCGCCCGGACGAAAUGCACGGCGACGGAUUGGACGCUGGGCUGCUGGAGGCUAUUGGCUCGCGGGCAGUGAGUCCGGAGCUGAAUCUUCCGGCGAAGGCCCGGCAGGCGUCGAUAGCGUUUUUGUACCUCUACAUGAGCCUCGCCGCCAAUCGGAGCAGACCGUGCUUCAACUUCACGACCCGGGCCACCCUUCCCGUCGGCGCCGGCCUCGGCUCCUCCGCCUCGUACUCGGCCUGCGUUGCAGCUGCCGUUUUGCUCAACCAUCGUCGGCUGUCCAUUCCUUCCCAGCCCGUCCCAUCUCGCCCACCUCACGCCGACGAUCCGGGCCACGUUCAUGUCUCUCACAGCGGUCGUCGAGCACUGGCGCCCACCGCCGCCGAGGAAGUCAAUCGCUGGGCAUUUGUCAGCGAGAAGGUCCUACACGGCAACCCGAGCGGUGUUGAUAACUCGGUUGCUGUCUUUGGCGGCGCACUGGCCUACACCAGACCAGGUUUCGAGAGGAAGCCCGGUAUGGAUCCUAUCCAAGGCUUCAAGAGCCUCCGGUUCCUGCUGACGGACUCCAAAGUGCCAAGAGAUACCAAGCAACUCGUUGCUGGUGUCGGCCGUCUCAAGGAACAGGAACCUGAGCGCGUUCGUGCCAUUCUUGACCAAGUUCAGUCCAUCAGCGACGAGGCACGUCGGUGUCUUGCAGACCCAGAGCUUCCUCGCUCAGACCUCAUCGCUGCUUUAUCUGCUCUUAUUGACGAGAACCAUGUUCAUCUUGUGCAACUUGGGGUGUCUCACCCUACACUUGAAGCUAUUAGAGCUUCCACUGGCGCUCCGCCUUACGGCCUUAGCACCAAGCUGACAGGUGCUGGCGGCGGUGGAUGCGCUGUCACGCUCCUACCUGAUCAACUGUCAGAUGCGGAUCUCCAAGCUCUUAUUAGCUCACUUCAGGCUGAUGGUUUCGACGCAUACCUUGCCUCUGUUGGUGGAAGCGGCCUCGGCGUCUUCUCGCCUUAUGCCCGGCCGCAGGCUGCUGUUGCAGAGCAGGGACAAGCAGGGCCCGUCACGCCACCAGAGACGCCCCACGAAAGCGAGGAGGGGUCUUUAGAGGCGGAACCCGCGUCUCUCCGUGCAGCAUUCGCGAGCGCGCCGAAGGCAUCAUUCAGGCACUGGGCAGAAUCCCAAGGACGUUGGCUGUACGUGUAAAGACUCUGGAGGCUUUCAAUGAGGGACUUUGUAUCAUGCUUAGAUGUAAUAUUAAAUAUCCAAAAAUGCUCCGCAGUCGUCUAUAUCAACAUCCAACAUGUUCUGAGCACUCGUUAUAGGUUACGUAAAUUUGAGCCGGUGGAACGUCUAAUACACUAAGGGCCUUCAACAGUCCCAUAAUUUGCG